AUGGAAUACUACGGCCAUUCUCUGUCACAAUCUUUGUCCGAAGCACAGUCGCUCGCAACAAGUUUCUGCGGUGCCAGUCGCCGGCAUGAAAGCAUCGCUAUCUUAGAGUCUCUCGACCGGAUCCUUGUUUCCGCUUUGUCAACUGCCCGGAGCGCAAUCAACGCUCUCUCGACAAUCAAUACAUGCCCCGACGAUGUAGUCGGUCUCAUCCUUCAGCAUGCAGCGGUCAAUGUUGAAGCCCGAUUUGGUCUUGGCUUCCGGUGGCCGUUCGCCCCGCCUUGCCCCACUUGGGAGCUCAUAACUCUCACUCACGUCUGUCGUCACUGGCGCAGUCUCUUGUUAAACUUACCGUUGCUAUGGACGCACAUUGACAUUGGUAAUCCUCUAGCUUACCGUGACCUAGUUUCGACUUUCCUGCAACGCUCCGGAGCAGCACCCCUGAAAGUGUAUAUUAAGAAGCCGUCACUCUAUUACAGUCUUCCGGGUGAAAGUGAAAGCAUUGAGACACUUCUCGAUGCGUUGUCACCUCGGAUACAAGAACUUCAUGUCCAUCGUGACGCGCUCGGCUUAGAAAGGCCCUUCCCUGCACUCGAAAUCUUAACACUGGAGUCGGCUGGGCGACUUCCGGCGAUUCUCUUCGACGGGGCCGCGCCACAGCUCAGAGCAUUAACAAUGAUAUAUAUUGUAUCGCUCCCCACCAAUCACUUUCCUAGUCUCACUCGUCUUUACGUCGGCAAUUUUGCUUGGCUGAGUCACCUUUACUCGUCAGUGACAUUGUCUCAGCUUGCAGUGUUCUUGCGUGGUUGCAAUGCGCUAGAGGAACUGGCCGUCUAUCGCAUGGACUUCGAAGUAUCGACUGCGGACGACGCACUUCCUCCCGUCGCCUUAGGACAUCUGUGCAGGCUUAGCCUUGGAUGCACAUCUGCAAUAGUGACCGGCUGGUUUUUCGAUCAUAUCGAGGCUUCCCCUGCAGUCGCCAUCCGCGUCUUCGAUCUUGGACCCUUUCAUUAUCAUGCCGCAUUGGCCGUAACGUACCCGCCGCAAUUACGCACCCCAACGUUGCUGCAUCUGCGACAGUGCUUUGAGCCGGCCGUCACCAUUGCAAAUUCUUCGUCCGCUGUCCGCUUCGAAUAUAUACCACCGUCACCUAAUUGUGGAUGGGGCAUAUUCCCGUGGUCAUCGUGGCCAGUCUCCACGGUGGAGGAGCUCCAUAUCGACCACUCUUCAGGUGAACCUGAAGCAGGCUUCCAUCUCUUGCUAGACGUACUGCCAUCGUUGUCCCUGCUGGUAUAUCGUGGCAAGCUUAAACCGCUCAUACACCUUCUCGGCCUGUUGUCCGCCUCACACGGUCCACCGGGACCGCUCUGCCCCGCGUUGAAGACAUUGCAUAUAUCUUUGAAGGCGGACUUGUCGGCCCUUCACGUACUCGACGACUUUGCGGCAACUCGCGCUCGCUCGGGGUUCCCCCUCUCUGAGGUUAUCAUCGAGUACAGUAGCCGAGGCGCCCUCAAUAACGACCUCUUACCGGGCUUGUCCCUAAUUAAGUCUGUACAGUGCGUUCGAUAG